AUCCACUAAGCGACGACCGACAAAGUGGCUGAGUAAUUGUUACAGGGAACGACGCACUUCAGAAUCACAACCAAAUGGAAAAACGAUCCUCGUCCACUAUGCAGGGGCUCUAUGCGGAGCUGGCUUCCGCAAAGGCACGAAGUCUCAAACUGGAGGAGGAGAAUGUUCUACUGCGCCAUCGCCUCAAUCGAAUGUCCUCAGACCACCAGACGAUCGCAGCCGUGGACGUGCAGGCCAAUAUCGUGGCAUUCCAGAUCGAGGAGGAGCGCGAUCAGCUGGUAGAGACAGUGCAGCAGCACAAGAAGAAGUACAAUAAACUGCACGAUGCCUACCUGGAGAAGGUGAAGCGCUGCAAGGCACUCGAGGAGAUGUUCAAGCGGCAGAAGACUCUCACGGGUCUGGUAAUGAAGUCGGCCGUAGAUCAGCGUCACACAGAACAGCGAAUGAUGAAAGAGAAGCGGAUGUCGGCACAGAACGAGCGCAAUGAGGUCGAGCAGCUGAAGGCUCAGGUGGAGAAGCUCCAAAGAUCUCUAGAUGAGUCCUAUGACAUCAUCGACGAAAUGGACUUUGAGCUGGAGAGCGUGGACUUGCUGGAGACGCAGAACCAAACCUUGCGCGGGGAGGUGACUGCCUUGAAGGCGAUGCUAGAAGCAGCAGAUGGCGCAGUCUCUGCCUCCGCUCCCAUCGAAGAUGAUGAUCCUCCGCCCAGGUAUCAGCCGGAGGAUCCGACUGGCCGCCACGAGUGUCGCAACUAUCGACAGCAUGUGGUCUCCUCCUGCUGUGAGUCCUGUUUGGGGGAUGAUGAUGCCGACGCCGAGACCAUGGAACGAGCAGCUCUGACCAAUAGCCUUAUCGAAACUGUCGAGACGGAGAGCAACAGUCUCCGACGGGAGCUGCUCAGAUCUCGUUGCCAGCUGAAAGUCCGCGCAAAGCUGGAGAAGGAGAGAGAUGAAGACACUGAAGAAUAGCAGGGGGACGAUUCAUCAUCCGACAAACAAGCCCAACCGAAAGAUGACAACCCAUGACCACAACAACUGACAUGAUAAACUACACAGUGAAAACCAGGGGACGGGUCGGCCCACAACUGGCAGAUCGGAGACCGAAGACCAAAGACCGACCCCACAAAGUGCAAGUCUAACCCAGAUUCGGAGCAAGUUACGCCUAACAAGUGCACAUACCAGAGAUUGCUUUUAAGGUUCGACAAACACGAUCUGCAGCUAGACACCCAAUCCACAUCCACAUCCAAAAACUUGGAGAUAAGAGUAACCUGAAUUUCGGCAAAAGGAAACCCGUCUAAUGUCCAAUGGCGAUUAAUUAAAAUAUUUGUUAAUGGCAUCCAACGUGUUGUGUGUCCCAAUCAGUUGGUCGUUCAACUGAUCCCAAGGAUCCCGCCUGUCCUGUAAUCCAUGAAGGUUCCACACCACACCACCACGAACAUCGCCCCCAACCCGCUCUCCAAUCAAACAAACAUGACAAUUAUUUUUUAUGACUUAAUGCAGUCUCGCACAGUCGCAGGCCUCGUUGCCCAAUGUCUGGUCUGUCUUUGAGUUGCAAACUAUUGACAAAAUAAAUUAAUCUGCACAUU